AUGCCUAGUGAUUGGAGACCAGAUGUCAUUGUGGGUGUUGAUUUUGGUAUGACAUGCACUGCCGUGGCAUACAGCAAGUCUCAAGGUUCGGACUGGCACGAUCCGAAAGCGAUCCAGAGAUGGGAGGGUGCAUUCGGCUCACCCUACGCAGUGAAGGUGAAGACAGCGGUGGGUUACGAUGAGACGACGGGCGGCUUAACCACCUGGGGCUUCCAUUGUGACCCCACCGACGACACGCUAGAGAUCAACGAGAACUUCAAGCUGCUCCUCGACCCGCGGUAUCCGGAGUGCAUCGAACAUCCAGAGUACCACACAGGCGCCAGAACCUGGUUUCGGGAUUACCUUCGAAGCUUAUACGGCUAUGUGAUCCGGCAAUUCGAGGAUCAGGACCACCGCUUUAGCAGCAAGAAGGUCGAGUUUGUCUUCUCCGUGCCUACGACUUGGAAGCAUGCAAACAUGCUUGCGGACAUCGAGCGCCUCAUUCGUGACGCGGGUUGGGGCCAGUCAGCCAACCAUCGGAUGGAGAUCACCUUGACCGAGGCUGAAGCAGCCGCCGUGUCGGCCUGCAAGCAGCAGAUGCAGGCCGGAGAUGUCUUCCUCGUCUGCGAUGCUGGUGGCGGCACGUCUGACGUCAAUGUAUUGAAGGUAAAGUCCAUAGAACGCCAGCGCACUCACAUGGAGCCUCUCACGACCAAUGAAGGUCAGGCUGCCGGUGGUAGUCUCAUAGACUUUAAGUUCCUUGAGAAGCUCAAGACUCGAUUGCAACAAGUGGAGCCAAUGCUCCCGAACGGUAUCGAAUCUACAGCCCACAUGAUGAUGCUUGAUCGGUAUGAAGAGUUCAAGCGAAGCAUAGGAGGCGGCUCGACGCGGCCUUUCCUGUUGCUUCCGAUACCCGACUUCCCGCCAGGACGAGACUACCCGAGUGCUGGAAUCAAAGACUCCAAGCUUGUUGUUGAGCGGACCGAGAUGGAAGGGCUGUUUGAUGAGCAGAUCCGAAAGAUCAGCGACGUCAUAGACAAGCAAUUGAACAGAGUUCGGGACACGCAUCCUGGGGAAUCCAUUUGUGGUCUGGUCCUGUCCGGUGGUCUUGGGAGCUCGCCUUACGUUAGAAAAGCUCUUGAGAAGCGGUUUGCGUCAGGUGGUGGUGGUGGGCAUACGAAUGCGGAAGGAUUGGGCAUCAUUACGGCUGAGGAGCCGCAACUCGCAGUCGUAAAAGGCCUUGUACUUGCUAGGGUGCAGCCUUUAAUAAGUGGUAUCGAUAUUCUGGACGAGCGCCGUUGCCCGCUGAGCUAUGGGGUUUUGUGCAGGGAACGGUACGAUCCCAAGAAGCACCAGGGUGCACCUGUGACAAUUGACCAUAUCGACGGAAAGCGUUGGGCUGAAAAGCAAAUCCAUUGGCUGAUUAAGGAGGGUGAUUUAGUUCGAACAGGCGGCGGAUCGAUGAAACACUUCCGAGGGAAGGUUGCUCUUGGGGACCGGCAAAAGCCCUGGAGAGUGAAAAUAGUCCACUCGACGCUACCGCGAGAUCAAAUCCCGCGGUUUAUGGCCCCAGGAAGCGGCGUCUCGAAGACCUGCGAACUCACCCUGACGCUGAGUGAGCAGGACUUGCGCCUCAAGAAUUAUCAGUGGUGGAAGCUUGGUAAGGAGCACUAUGUGGCAGACUUCGACAUCAAAGCCGUCGUAGGGACUGGUUUGAAGUUCCAGGUGUGGAGCCGCGAUGCGUCAGGUGUGAACACGCUGAUGAGCAAAGACCAUGAUGAAAUCCACGUGGAAUGGGAGGAUCCGAGGGAUCGGGCUGAUGAGAGGCCCAGAGGUGAGGAUGCAGCAGAGAUCUAUCCAAAGUAGGAUUGCAGUCGGUUUGGAGGCUGCUUCAUUUUGUGUGGUUAGCGUUGUGUUAGCUUCUGACACGCCAGAGUUUAUUAGCAGCAAAAUCUGAGCCAGGAGAUGACCUUACCGAAGACGGAAGGCACGACUGAAAUCCUCGGUAUCGGAUGGACUUCAACAAUACCGCCGUCACCACAAUGCUGAAAGCCGGCAGUGACCACACGGUACGUUGAACCGUCUUUGCUGCAUGUCUAUGCAU